UGUUUGGCUCGUCAGUCAGUCAGUCAGUCAGUCAGUCAGUCAGUGGAUGGCCGAUCGGGCAAAGAUCAUCAGGCGCCGAGUUCCAAACCUUCAAAAAUGUAGUACCCGGGAAAAUUAUGGGGGGGAUUAAUAAACUCCUGAUCACCAUCGCGUGUAUAAUCCUUCCCAAUGCGAUCGAUUGUGCGAUUCAGAGCGAUCUCUUCAGCGGUCCGAAAGAUCAAGUGGAGUUCGUCAACCCGAGCAAAUCAGAGAUCGACGUGGUCGGCGCUGCUACGGAGGCUGACGACAUGAAUCAAACCGUCGACACAAAAAUGCCGUCAGAACUAUUGAUAACAACUUUGCAGGAUAUGCCGUUCUCCGGUACCAUAAUGGAGAACGGGACGCUGGUGGGUGUCGGUUACGCCUUUUACAUCUUCGAACUGUUACGUAGCAAGAUGAAUUUCACCUACAAGAUCGUCUUGCCGAAGGAGAGCGUGUUGGGGGAUGUGAAAACCGGGGUUUUCGGACAGCUCGUAAGAAAGGAAGUCGACAUGGCGGUUGCCUUCGUUCCCGUCGUACCGGAAUUUCGAAACCUCAUCAAGUACAGCACCGAGUUGGACGAAGCCGAAUGGACCAUUCUGAUGAAGAGACCCGGAGAAUCCGCAACCGGAUCGGGUCUCCUCGCUCCCUUUGACACCCAAGUCUGGAUUCUCAUUGUCAUAUCUGUACUCGCAGCUGGGCCGACGCUUUACUUUUUGAUUCUUAUAAGAUUCCUGCUAUGCAGAGAUGGGGAACCGCGAAAAUAUUCACUCGCGACUUGCAUGUGGUUCGUAUACGGCGCUCUUCUCAAACAAGGAUCAACUUUGUCACCGGUAACAGAUUCCGCAAGAUUGUUAUUCGCGACUUGGUGGUUAUUCAUAACGGUACUGACGUCAUUCUACACGGCAAAUUUGACGGCAUUUCUAACACUGUCGCAAUUCACAUUGCCAAUUGGUUCGGCAAGUGAUUUAGCGAACAAACAUCAGUUAUGGAUCGCCGAGAAGGGUAACGCGAUCGAAAAGAUCAUAACGCAGAAAAACGGCGAUGAACUUACGAUGCUUCGUCGAUCCGUCGAAAUGGGUUACGGAAAGUUUGUCAACCUGGCGGACAAAAACGACAAAGACAUUCUCGAUUUGGUUAGUUCGAACCAAAUGUAUCUGCGUGAAAGAUCGAUAGUAACAUCGUUACUCUUCAACGAUUACAUGAAUAAAACACGAGACGGUGUUCUCGAGUCGAAAAGAUGCACCUUCGUCAUAAUGCCGGGUAGCAUAAUAACGAAGAGCCAGGCCUUCGCCUUCCAACUAAACACAACGAUCGACGUUCCCAUUAACAAAAGGCUUUUGGCGCUGGUCGAAACCGGGAUCAUAAGGUUCAAAACUUCGGAGCAUCUUCCGGGCACCGAGAUAUGUCCGUUGAAUUUGGGAUCCACCGAAAGGCAGCUGAGAAAUUCGGAUCUGAUAAUGACGUACAAGGGCGUCUGCAUCGGCUUUAUCGUCGCGCUGACGGCAUUCACCGUCGAGGUGAUUUACCGUCUGGUCAUACGACGGGAAAAGCUGAGGAACCACCAGCAGCCCGAGCUACCGGCGUACAGGAUAAACGUUGCGGAAAAAUCGAAUUUCCAGAGAAGCCCGCCACCCCUCUACCAAAAUAUCCACAUUCAAGAUUACUCUAAAAAACAGUCGAUCAAUGGCCGCGAUUAUUACGUCGUGAGGGAAAAGGACGGCGAGAAAAGACUCGUCCCCGUACGAACGCCCUCCGCUUUUCUAUUCCAGUAUGCUGCAUGAUAAUGAAACCCUUUUCACCGAGUGUAAAAUAUUAUACAAAUUGACUACUAUGACUUUCGUGUAUGUAUUUUCAAAUAAAAUGAGUUUUGGCAAUAAUU